GGCGAGCGGUGGGUUCAUAGUCAGACCCGCUUAUCAGUCGGGGGCAGAAAUGGGAUUGAGUAUACCUUGGGAUCAAAGUCCCACUCUCCCACUAAUCGGGCUCUGGGACCUGCACUGCAGUCGCACUCGGAAUCGAUGGCGCAACUCUCCUCCGCAGAUCUCAGCCAGGGAUACCGAGAGCGCGAGAUUUCCCCAAUUCUAUCGCCGCCUUCCCUUGACAACGGGCGCCCAUUCAGAGCGCUAAUGAAACCUUCAAUCCGCAAUCUCUGGGCUCGGAGCUGUGAUGAUUUAUACAACGAUCGCCAAAGAUCACAGACAGCGGACCCGGCAAAUGCAGAGGAGGACGAGACUAAGGAGGAGGAGAGCGGAUGAUCAGCAGGAGGAGAGUUGGCGACAACAUCACCAAUACUUGCACACUGAUCAGGCAUAUAUAAGUGUUUAUAAGUGCGGUAGCUAAUUACUGCUACUACACUGGGAAUCACAAUAGGUAGAAAGCUUGACUUUACUGAUCCCGAUUUCUAAAAAAUAUAUAAGGAAUUUCUCAGUUGUUUAUAUAAUAAAUUCAGCUUGACAACUAUAAUUCUCGCCUUGCCAAAAAUAUUGAUACUGACCUACCAGAAAUUCUAGCAAAUCAUCAUUGUUAAGGUCACUUUUGAGUCAAUAGUUUGCUUGAUUGUCUGAAUGUCUCGCCCCGAUAGUGAUAAGUUCUUACAAUUUAAUCAUGGUCACUAUGUCUCAAAUCUAUUUCCAGCCGAAAUAAAAACAGUUCAAUAAACUAAUCGGCGCGAUAAAGAAGCACUAAAGGUAAACGUUUAUAAAAACUCAAUACAUUUGAGACUAGCCGUAUGGGGUUUUCUACACUGGCAACAAUGUUGUCAACUGGAUUAUAACAUAUUCUUGAUUGAACGAAGCAUUAAUAUAUUCUUUAUUAAUCAGUUUCCUAACAGCUAAGGAUUAUUACAAAAAUAUUUGUAGAAUGGCUUAGACUUGGGACCGAGACAUGUAACAACGCAAUUAGCUAACAUUAAGAUGACAAAAUACAACACACAAAGAAAUUAGGUAAACAAUUACUAAUCAUAUAUUUUAAAAUAAAUCUAAGAUUAUUUGUAAUUAAUAAAUUAUUUUUGGGGGAUAUUAAGCGGUAUUUGAUGAUAAAAUAGAUACUUGACUGAAAUUUAUCUGAUCAUAUAACUAAAUCUUUCGUGUUUUCUCCUUGUGUACACAUGCAAUGGCAUAGGUGCUGGCAUGUAUUGGCCGAUCCCAGCCAAUGGGCAUGUGCCUGGGGCGGGUUAUCAACGCGGCACGGCCCGGCUGCAUCCCGUAGGUUUAAAGUAUAGCUCCUAUUUAAAACGCGCUUUAGUCACAGUUCGGAUUUUGCCAGCAACAGCACGGCGACGAUUAUCGGUGAUUAUACGGCGGAGAUUAUACGGCGAAGAUUACACGCAGGAAUACGCGACUCCACGAGAGAGUGUGUUGUGUGCGAGAGAGAGUGAAGAGUGAAGAGAAAAUGUCGCAGACUUUGGACGAUCUGCUGCUGCGCCAGGAGCAUGCCCGGCAACUCCGCCAGGCCUCGCGCUCCAAGUUCCGGCGCAUCAAUUCCCUGGACCUAAUACCAGAGCAUCCCAGUCAAUCGGAGGAGGAGGAGGACAAGGACGCGCAGACCCCGCAUCGGCACUUUGUGACCCUGCGACGCCAGCGAACGGCGGACGGCAGUCUCCUGCGAAGCCAGUUCCAGACGCAGGCUCCGCCGCAGCCUAGCCUCGGGACUCGGGUGCUGCUCUUUGGCCCCCAGCUGCUGAUGCGUCUGGUGCUGACCAUCCUGAGAUACGUUCUUUACAUACCGCUAUCCAUAGCGGCUCCCAGCUUCUGGCUGUCCGCCCUGCUCUGGAUCUUCUGGAAACUGCUGCGAGUGCCCAUCGCCCUGGUCAAGUGGCUGCUGAGCGGUGAGGAGGAGCUGGGCACGGUGCAGCGUCAGAAGACCAUUCUCCUGAGCUGCGGCAGCACCAUCCAGACGCUUCAUUUGGCUAGAAACUUUUACGGUUCCGGUGCCCGCGUGGUGGUGUUCGAAUUCGAAGGACUAUUCGGCCUGGCCCGCUUCUCCACGGCGGUGGACAAGUUUUACGUGGUGCCCCGGCCCACGGCCAACAAUCCCGACCAGUACAUAGCCGCCUUGUGCCACAUCGUUAAGAAGGAGCGGCCGGCGGUCUACAUACCCGUCUGCGCCACCAGUCCGGCCUACUACGACGCCCUGGCCAGACCGCACCUGGAGGUGCUAGGCUGCGCCAGCUUUAUUCCGGGAAUACAGGAGACUCAGCAGCUGGACGAUUGUCUGCAGCUCUUCCAGAGAUGCGAGCAGCAACAGAUGGCCCUGCCAGCUCAUGUUGUCCUAACGGCGCCCCGACAGCUGCAGCAGAUCUACGAGAGCGGCUUCGUGGGCAGCUACAGGAACAUCCUGAUGGCCGCCGGAAUGCAAGGAGUGCUCGAACGGCACAAGUAUAUAUUGCCCAACCGGAGGGCAGAACUGAAGCUGAACCAACACGAGAUAAGCGAACGACAGCCGUGGCUUGUGGUAAGGGAUCAGCCGGGCUACCACCACUACGUGACCUGCACCACCGUCAAGGACUCGCGGGUUGUGGCCAACGUGAGCUGCCGUGUGGAGCAUCACACCAAGAACCUUAUACCCGUGCCCCGCGAUGACGAGGCCCAAAUCGAGCUCUGGCUGCGCUCCUUCUUCGCCAAGGUGCGCUUCCAGAGGCCCAUCAAUGGACACAUCAGCUUCCGCCUGGUCAAGAGUCCCGCCCAUGGUGGACAGUUUGUGCCGCUGGGCACGCGGCUGGGCGUGGCCCUGCCCUACAUAUGCCACAAUCGAUCACAUGCCCAACUCCUGUGCCGCGCCAUGAAGUGCAUCCACCGACGGGGGCUGCCCGAGGAUGAGCUGCCCAAUUGGAGCUGGUCGGCGCUGGAGCGGAGUACUUCAACGACGGCCCUGGACAAGCGGGAGGCGCUGUUCGCCUACUGGGACCCGCUGCCGUACUGCGCCUACUAUCACUUCCAGCUGCCGCUCGAGAACGUGAAGCUGUUUUUGCAGCGCCGGAAUCGCGCCACAGCCAAAAGUUUAUCGCCCCGCAUCACGGUGCCGGUUCAUUGAACGGACAAGGAGGGAGAGAGGGGAGCCACUGCAUCCGAGGAUGGGGAGCAACAGGCACGGGAGCACGGAGCAGGGAGCAGGGUGGGGCCAGCGAGAGAGAUUACACAGACUGAUCAAUAAUGGAAAAUAUAUAUAACAAUAUAUAUAGAGCUUAUAGUAUAUAUUUUUGCAUUUUAUACUAUUUCUUUUUUUUUGUUUACGCCAAUGGGGUUCAACAUCCAUCUAAGAAGAUUAGGCUCGUUAAAAAAAAAAAAACAUGUACCAUACAUACAACCACACCAACACACACUAUAUUCGUCUAUACUUAUACUGUACAAUAAAUAAUAUUUAUAAUUUAA